AGCACCAACAGCUGACUCAGCACCAGCAGCUGACUCAACACCAGCAGCUGACUCAACACCAGCAGCUGAUGCCGACGGGAGCGGCUGCCCACGCCGCUCAGGCCGAGCAGGUGAACUCGCUCUUCUGGAAGCUCGUCGCCUCGGGAAUCCUGCAAGUCCAGGCGGUGGCGGCGACGGCGACCGCCGGCGUCGGCGGCACGGCCGACGACGCUCGUGCCGGGAGCGACGCUGGCGGCGCGACGGAGGAGACGUCCACCAGAGGUGAGGAGGCAUCCGCAGAGGACGACGACGACGACAUUCCGGACCUCUCCGGCUUCGCCAUCGAAGACCUCAAGCGGCGCCACGGCGGCGCGGUGCGGCGCCUCUACUCGGGUGUCCAGUGCCACUCGUGCAGCUUGCGCUUCACGGGGCGCCAGGCGAGCGCCUACGCCGACCACCUGGACUGGCACUACCGCGUCAACCGCGACAGCAAAGACCCGGGCAGCGAGGUCACGCACCGCCGCUGGUACCGCUCCUGCACGGAGUGGAUCGAGACGCCGCCGGGUGUCGCCCACGAUGGGGGCGCCGAGAAACGCCUCCCGGAGCGGCCGCAGGAGGAGGCGCCGUCCCUCUGGACGAGGGGGGGGGGCACGAGGGGGGGGGCCACGCGGGGGGGGGCCACGAGGGGGGGGGCCACGCGGGGGGGGGGCAAAGCCGAGGAGUUCCCCAGCGUCCCCGCGGGGACCGCCAGCGUCCAAGAGCUGUGUGAGAUGUGCGGUGAGCAGCUAGAAGCGUACUGGGACGAGGACGAGGAAGAGUGGCGGCUGAAGAAUGCCACCAGGGAGGACGGCCGGUGGUCACGUGACCUCUCUCCGACUCCCGCCACCUCUGCGCAGGAAAACUACGUCGCUCGUGACCCCGUCGCUCGUGACCCCGUCGCUCGUGACCCCGUCGCCAGAGGCUUCUGCGCCGAGUGUCGAGGGCUCCACCGGGCCCAAGCCGCUGCCCCGUCGUCACCGCCACCGUGGCCGCGGACAGCCGUCAGGAGACUCCACGACUUGGAGAUCCGUCCCGGGCACCGCAUCACGGUUCGCGUGAGCGUCGACAACCGCCGCCUCUUCGUCGGGGGGCUGCCGAAGGACAAGACGCGGGCGCAGGUGAUGGCGGCGAUGAGCGGCGUCACGGAGGGCGUCGUGGACGUCAAGUACGCGCUUCUGUCGCUACGACAGAAGCCCCGACCGAGGCUACGCGCUCGUCGAAUACGAGAGCCAUCGCGCGCCGUCCUUGCACGGAAGAAGCUGCUUCAAAUUCCUUUCCAGCUCUGGGGCCGCACCGUCAAGUUGGACUGGGCCAUCCCGGAGGUGGACACGGCGGCUGGCGGGCGGCCGGCGGUGGCAGCGGUGGCAACGGAAAGAACGAUGAGGAGGUGGGCGGUGGCGGUGCCGGAGUGCACCGGCGCCGACAAGCUGCUGCUACGGAGCUUCGGCGUCGGCUGGGCGACCUUCCAGCUGCACGCGCACGUGGAGCCGGGCGAGCCCCUGGGCCUCCUCUACAAGGUCUUCAUUCCCGGGAUGAUGCGGGAAGGCGGCGGCUUCUUCCCCGCGGGUCCUGAGCUCCAGCGUGGAGGGAGCGCGCGAAGUUGCGAGCGAGCUCCUCCUACGAAAUCAUCAGCGAUGCGAACACCGCCGAGGGUGGGGGGCCCGGCCCCCGUCGCGACGUCGCCUCCCCCGGCCGCCCCCGUCCAGAACCUCUCGGCGUAUCCGUAG